CGGGCGAUAGCGGAAGUUUGGCCCCCGCCGCGCGCCGCCUCACGGGGCUGGGCGGCGGGAGACUGGGGUUUGGUCAUUGCGGGGGAGCGGUAAUUAGAGUGAGGAGCUGGGUGCAAGAGCAGCUCCAGGAACUGGCUCAGCCUCUCUGUGACUCUGGUUUGUCAGGAAUAGAAUUCGAUCUUGGAGCUCUACCACCAUGCAGAGAGCAUCACGGCUGACAAGGGAACUCUCGCUCCUGGCCACAGAGCCACCUCCAGGCAUCACCUGCUGGCAGAACGGGCAUCUCGAUGACCUGCGGGCACAAAUUUUAGGAGGAGUGGACACACCAUAUGAGAAAGGAAUAUUCAACCUGGAAAUCAUAGUUCCUGAAAGGUACCCAUUUGAGCCGCCAAAGAUUCGCUUCCUGACCCCCAUCUACCAUCCCAACAUUGACUCUGCUGGAAGGAUUUGCCUGGAUGUUCUAAAGUUACCCCCAAAGGGUGCAUGGAGGCCUUCUCUGAACAUCUCCACCCUGCUGACUUCCAUCCAGCUGCUGAUGGCAGAGCCCAACCCUGACGACCCUCUCAUGGCCGAUAUCUCCUCAGAGUACAAGUACAACAAGCAGCUGUUCCUGCUCAAUGCCAGGGAGUGGACCGAGAAAUACGCAGGGCAGCUGAGGGUGCCUUCCCUCCCUGCACCUGAUUUGGAUAACACCCUUUCUGGGACAGGGCUAUCUUCCCUGCGGGAGCCGUGCUCUCUACUGCAGCUGUGAAUGCAUUUCCAAGUUAAAUGUGAUUAUCAGAGGGCACAGAAUAUGAAGUGUUCCAUCCCUGCAACAACACACAGAGCCCUGGAGCGACCCGGCUCAUCUAUGUGUGUUCUGCUCUGCCCAGUCAUUACCUUGCUCUCCUGUCAUCCCCCUUCCUAAAAAUCGAAGCAUCAAGAACAGAAUAACAAAGGCUCACUGCCUAAGAGCCAGAGUACGGUAGGCUCUGGCCUUGGUGGAGCACAGGGCAUUCCAGUGGCUGUAAAAUUAAUUAUUCACAGCUCUUUUAUUUCUUGGGUCA